AUGAGGGUAAUUACCGAGUGGAUGGGGAUGCAAGAAAUGCAACCGAAUGGGAUGACAUCGAUCACCGGAUCGGUCGACUCGGCCAAAUACCCUGCGGCUCUGAUGGCCAUCAGCGCCCCGGGGCACAAAACCGAGCCGCGGCUGAUAGAUAGCCUGGAUGGCCCUGAUUUGUGGAUGUUGAAUCUGGUGUUUAUAAUGUCAUUGGGCUUCCAGAUCUUCAUCGUUGAACUGCUCGAAGUCGUGUUCAUUUCUAUGGAUUCAGCUGACUUCCCAGCCCCGUUAGUCCCUCUACCAUCUAUCGUCCAACUGCAGUUGCGCAACGAGGUCGGACAA